AUGUUUGAUCUAUACCCUCAUCCGUCGCGACCUGUGACCAGGACAAAAUCAAAUCAACCGUUUUUAUUAGGCAAAGGAAGAGGUCUCCCUCCUGCGCUCGCAGCGAGAAAAGAAGAAUAUCUAGUCGAGCUCACAGGAGAUGAAGAUCCAGCGAACGCAAAGUCAUGGGCCCUCCGCCGGAAACUUAUCAACGCGGCUGUUCUUGGUUUUGAUACACUGGUAGCUUCAUGGGGAUCUUCAGUAUAUUCCGCUGCUGUCCAGCCUGUUGCUAUGGAAUUUGGAGUUGGAGAAGUGGUGUCAUUGUUGGGGUUGACACUUUAUAUCUGCGGAUUCGCGACUGGACCACUAGCUUUUGCGCCACUUUCCGAGUUAUAUGGAAGAAAGAUACCAAUCACAUUCGCCGCUUUCGUAUUUACCUGUUUCAUGUUCGCCGCGGCAACAGCGAAGGAUUUCCAGACGUUGAUGUUAUGCCGUUUCUUCGCUGGUGUGUUCGCUUCAUGCCCCUUGGCAGUCGUUGGGGGCGCCUUUGCAGAUAUGUUUGGCAACGAAACUAGAGGUAUCGCAAUUGCAGCUUUCUCUGGUUUAGUCUUCAUCGGUCCAUUCAUCUCGCCUAUCGUCGCCGCGUUCAUUACGGACAGUUAUUUGGGUUGGAGGUGGACCGAAUAUAUCACCGGUAUCAUGGGAGCACUCGCUUGCAUCCUCGACCUAUUCUUCCUCGAAGAAACAUAUCUCAAGACGAUUUUGAGGAAACGCGCAGGCCAUAUUAGAACAGAGACGCAGAAUUUCGCUAUUCAUCAUGUCUCGGAGGAGGAGGCAAUCGAUUUCAAGGAUCUCCUACACCGACACCUACUCGUUCCGCUUAAGCUACUCUUCAGAGAGCCGAUUAUCUUCUUGAUUACUAUAUAUACUGCUUUUAUUUACGGUAUAUUGUAUCUCUUUCUAGAGGCCUACCCCAUUGUCUUCGCGGAAUAUCGCGGCAUCAAACCCACACUCGCGACACUACCUUACAUCGGACUCAUUCUCGGUGUUCUAAUCGGCGUGGGAAUCGUCAUUGCAUUCGAGCCUCGUUACAACAGAAAGUUGAAGGAAAACCACGGCAUUCCGGUUCCAGAACAGAGACUUCUUCCAAUGAUGGUUGGAGCCGUUUUGUUCCCAAUCGGUCUUUUCUGGUUUGCUUGGACAGGAAACUACCCCGAAAUUCACUGGAUUGUGCCUACGCUGUCUGGUCUCUUGACUGGUGCCGGAAUCAUGCUCAUCUUCUUGCAAGCUCUCAAUUACCUCAUUGAUGCUUAUCUUAUGGUGGCUGCGUCUGCAAUUGCUGCUAACACAUUCUUGCGGUCUUUCUUUGGUGCUGGAUUUCCACUUUUCGCAACACAAAUGUUCCACCGCCUAGGCGUCGACUGGGCCGGUUCACUCCUCGGCUUCCUAGCCGUAGCUUUCUUACCAAUACCAUUCCUAUUCUACAAGUACGGUGAGAAAUUAAGAAAGAAGAGUUCUUACGCUCCAACGGAUUUCGGCAAACAGCAAGCACCUGUCGAUGAAGAGAGCACGGACGCGAAUAAUGAUGCGGAGUUUGAUGAUGAUGAUCAUACGAGAAGAAAUACUGAGGUUGAGGGAGAGCAUGAGAAGAUUGAGCCUGCUUCCACAUAA